ACAAGCAGUGGAAGCUGGCAGGCUCUGCCUGCCCCUCCUCAGGCUCCUGGAAUUAACUGCACCCAUGUGUGCCCUGUAUACCAACGCUGGGUGCCGGGACCUGCCGGAAGGGUCCAUGGAAGAGGAUGAUGAUGACGACUAUGAGAACAUGACGCCACCCUACAAGGACCUUCCUCCCAAGCCAGGUUGGAUGGCUCCACCAAGACCUCCGAGGGCAGGAAAGAAAUCGGAGAGGCCCCCACUUCCCUGUAAGCUCCCGAAGAACACGGGCCUGAACGUCACCCCGGUCACCAGCUUGACGCCUCAGCUGGGCACUGAUCUGAUGCAACUUCCAUCCCAGUCACCUGUAGCCACAACUCCAGUGCCCUGGGUCAGUCAGAAGUUCGGAGGUCUUAUGUGUUACCAGGAGAGACUGUUGGUGUACCUGUGUCUGCUGGUGGUGGUGUCACUGCUCAUGGGCUGCACCAGUCUGGUUGUGACUCUGAUCAAGUACCAGGAGGUGGUGGAAGAACUGAGGAUGUUGACUUUCCAGCAUAUGGCAUGGCGAGCGAAUGUGACUGGCAUGGUGGGGUUAGCUGGCCUGAAGAAGGACCUUGAGCGCAUAAGAGCUGACACCAACCAGUCCCUGCUGGAACUUCGGGGCUUAUUAGACUGUACCAGGGUCACCUGCCCUGAAGGCUGGCUCCCUUUUCAGGGUAAGUGUUACUACUUCUCUCCAAGCACCAAGACAUGGGAUGAAGCCCGGACGUUCUGCCAGGAGAAUUACUCUCACUUGGUCAUCAUCAGUAACUCUGAUGAACAGGACUUUGUGGCCAAAGCUCAUGGAUCUCCACGGGUGUACUGGCUGGGGCUGAAUGACAUAAAUGUCGAAGGGGACUGGAGGUGGCUGGAUGGGUCACCCGUCACUUUGAGCUUUUGGGACCCACAGGAACCCAACAACCUCUAUAAUAACGAGAACUGUGCCAGCAUGAACAAGGGUGGCACCUGGAAUGACCUCUCCUGCGACAAAACUACGUAUUGGAUUUGUGAGCGGAAGUGUUCCUGUUGAACCCCAGAGCUGAGGCUGGGUGGAGGUCCAUCCGUACCCCAUGCCCCUCAGCUCCUGGAGAUGAGAACCUCCCGCCCUUCUGGAACUGACAUGAACAGUGGGAACUGGCAGCACCCAGGAUGGAACCAGCAGCCCGGACGCAGCAAGUUCCCUGUGGUGCAAGUCAGAUCACUUCUGGGGUGAGGACUUGGGGAUUGUUCAGUUGCAUGAUGUGUUAGUCUGCUCAGGCAGCUGUUACCAAAUACUGUACCCUGGAUGGCUUAUACAUAACAGACAUUUUUUUCCCCUCAAAGUUUUGGAAGCUGACAAGCCCAGGAUCAAGGCUCAGAGAGAUACAGUGUUUAGUGAUGACCUGCUUCCUGGUUCAUGGAUGUCAUCUUCUCACUGUGUCCUCACAUGCUGGGAGGAAUGAGAACUCUCUGGGGUCCAUUUUUAUUUUUUAAAGACUUUUUAUUUCGUAUUGGGGUAUAGUCAACUAACAAUGUUGUGAUAGUUUCAGGUGAGCAGCGAAGGGACUCAGCCAU